AACCGACUUCACGCCACGACCCUUGGGAAUUCAGACGUCUCUUCGGCCUUCACAUACUGAAAAUUGCUCAGCGGAACCUUGUAUCUCCGGAACUCGAUGCGGAAGCUCCUUUCGUUGCUAGCCGUACAAGUCUUGAUGAACACUUCCGGCCAGGCAAGAUGGCUGCGGCCAUGCAAGACUCACGUGUACGUGCGGGGAAAAACCUGAAGAAGUCCCUGAAAAAGAGGAAGAUAGAAAUGGUAUCCAGGGCUGUGGCCUCGGAGCUGGACGAUGAAGUCAGAGAGGCUUCGGACAGCGGAGGUUCUGCGGGAAGCUGCGGGCUGUCUGAUGAUGAAGCAGUGGAAGCGGACAACGAGGAGGAUGCUGAGCCCUGUCACAGAGAAAAUGAAAAUGCUGCAGACCCCAGCCUCGGGACCAAUACGGGCUGGGCAGAUGCCAUGGCUAAAAUCCUUAACAAAAAAACUCCUAAAAGUAAACCCACCAUUCUCAUCAAAAACAAAGAGCUAGAAAAGGAAAAAGAGAAGUUGAAGCAAGAAAGACUAGAGAAAAAAAAACAGCUUGAUAAGAAGCGAGAAUGGGAAAUGAUGUGUAGAGCAAAGCCAGAUGUUGUCCAAGACAAAGACACAGAGAGGACUCUUCAGAGAAUUGCAACAAGGGGUGUGGUGCAGUUAUUCAAUGCUGUUCAGAAACACCAAAAGAACGUUGAUGAAAAGCUUAAAGAGGCAGGAGGCUCUACUGGAAAGCGUGCUAAGUUGGUGUCGACUGUUUCCAAGAGAGACUUCAUCAGUGUUCUCAGAGGAGUGGAUGGAGCUACCCAUGAGAAAGGUUCAACUGGAAAGAACCCAAAGGCCAAACAGAUUGAAGUGAAAUCAGAAGCGGGCCCAGGGUGGAGCGUUCUGCGCGAUGAUUUCAUGAUGGGGGCAUCCAUGAAGGACUGGGACAAGGAGAGCGACGGUCCCGAUGACAGCUGCGCAGGGCCUGCCAGUGUCUCUGACACUUGAAGCGGUGCGUGGCCACGCGUGCUUCGUCCCCUGAGGCGGGGGAAUUGCAGGGAGCAGCGCUGACAUUCCCUCUUUCUCAAAGUAGUGUGUUUUCAACCCUUGUACAGUUGUGUUUUUACUCCAGACGUUUGUAAAAAGAAAUAUUUCUGCCGGACAAGAAGUUUUGCUAGGGUCAUGGCAUGUUUACACAUACUGAUUGAUCAUCAGUGUGGAAUUAGUAUCACUGAUGUUCCAAGACAUGCAGUACCCGUCAUGAUUAAAAUGAACUCUUUGAAGUUAAUAUUUUUCUGCCUCCCAACUCAUAGAUUGAUGUGUCUGUAAUUUGUUGAAAUGGUAUCAUUUUGUUUGGUUGGUUGGUUUAGUAAACUGGAGAAAAACCUAUGUAGUCAAAUUUUAAUUUAUAGUAUUUCUGACUUUGGGUGUUGAUUUUAAUUUUUGAUUAACUGGUAAACCUGAUUUAGGAUAUUACCUCCUUUUUAUACUGCACAAGUAAUAUAAUGACUAAUGGUUUAUUUUAAGUGUUAGGUUAUUGUUAUAUUGAGAAACAGAAUUUUAGACUCUUUUUUGCCCUGAAAUAAUUGACUUUGCUUAAAUUCUCUUUUUGGGUGGUCCAACCAGGGAAACAAGUAAUCUGUAUCAGAUAGUGCACGCAAUUUGAGGCUUGCUUUCAUACUGCUGCUUUAAAAGUUAUUAAACUGGAUGUCCUUCAGUAUUUAGUGGUUAAAAGGAGAAGAGAACUGAGACUACUUGGUAUUAAAUAUCAUCCCAAAAUACCUGGGAAACUGCCCGAACUGGUACAGGAAUGAAUCAAUCCGUAAAUGGAAUCCGUUCCUGCCUGAAAAAGCUCCAUCCCUUUCCUCGUCCCUCCCUCCCACCACCCAGUUGGAGUUCUUACAUCUGUUACAUGCUGAAAAAGAAUCCUUCCCCCAGAACGAUGCUCUGGAGCAGACAUGUUUACAUUGUCCAGCCCAUUUGAGUGUCAUAAUUAGUAUAUGACUAAAGUGAAAUUAGUCCAUAGCCUGGUAUUUGUUAUUAGAAAGGACAGUGUAUACUCAAGAUAUCAAGUGGUUAAAACAGCAAAGUUUGAAAUGCAUUUUUCUAUUUAUCCUAACUCUUGAACAUUAGUGUCUUAUUAAAUUACAGAACCACCAUUUUGGCAUUUUAAUAUAAAUAAAUGAGAACAAAUAUUCCUCAGUAGUGCGGGACUGCAUUACCAUGUUAAAUAUCCUGAUACAACUUCAUAUAGGUAAACAUUUCAAUAUAAGUUAACACAGAUACUGUCCUUGAAUCAUAUUAUAGUUUUGCAGAAUUUUAGACCUUCAUUGUUAAAAAUGAGUACAUAACUUCUUGUUUACUAAAAAGUAGUUUUGAAAAACAUAUUUGUAUUUUAUAGUCCUUCAUUUGAAUUAGGAAAACUGAAAAAGAUUUUCAAAUUGAAAGUAAGGAAGAGAAUAUUUGCAGAUAUUCUUCUUUCGGAAAUGAUUUUAUUCCAAGAUAAAAUUGGAUUGCCAAUUGGAUCUCUCAUAGAAAGGGUGACAGUUACCAUUGGUGUUAGAAGGCUAUGAAUUUUUGCCAGAUAGUUGAGAUGCCAUCUAUCUAUUAAUAGUUGUCCAUCUUGACUACAGAAAUAUUUAAGCAAAAAAGUAUGUGACUCUAAAGAUGAACAUAUUGGUUCAGAAACUAAGUAUGUAUCUUUGGAUGAAUGUUUCAAAUUGUUUACUUCUAUUACCUCUAUCCUAAAUACAUAAAACAUUUAUAUUCUUCUGACAUCAGUCUCAUAAAGAACUCCUGUGUCUGUUUUUUUUCUGCAUUGACUUUCAGUUCUAUAAGGAGAAAAAAGAGAAAUUGUAUCCCAUUUCUCUUCCCAUUCAUUUAUCUAAAAAUAACAUUAGUGUACUAUUUAUGGCAACUAUUUAGAUUAAUGUAAUAGUAAAGAAGCUACAUCAUUUUGAAAAGUAUUGAAAAAAACAGUCAACAACAUAAAUGUAUUAUUUCCUUAUCCUGUUGUCUAGAAAUUUGGGUGGCUGGGAUGAAUGUUCUCAAUAUCAAGCUUAAUUUAGCAUCACUUAUUGGUUUUAAGCAUUGGAAUUUGCAAGUCAAGGGUAAUACUUAUUUAAGACUGAAAAUAACUUAGAAUCAUCAUUGUAGUUUAAUACUUCAUCCUGGAAUUGGAGUAGUGACUUUAUUUUCAGAGUACCUAGAGUUCUUCCUUGCUGAAAAAUUACUGAUUCUAGAAUCCACCUUUAAAACUGUUUGGAUGGAAUUGUUCAGAGGCUCACCUUCAGGACUGGAAGCCGACAGUUUCUCAUUAAGAAGCUCUAGAAGACUUACCUGAGGGCAAGUCCGAGUUCUUCAGAAUAUUUUGGAUCUUUUACAACAGAUGUGUGAAGAAAGAGAUGUUUAAGUUCUGGGAAACCUCGUAUCACCUUCUAACCAGUGUGUUUCAAACGUGUGGAUAUCUUUCAUAGUUUACAGAGCCAUCAGAUCACAGUUUAUAUAUGCCAGCAGAUGCCCCAGUGAGGCAUAAUAGCAGAGAAGGUGCGAGGCUGAAGUGUGAACAGAAAACAGAGAUACAGAAAAUAAAAACCUGGUUCCCAGACAGCUAAGGGAAUUAAUUAUAAGGUUUGAGAAAACUCCCGAAUCGUAAUCUUCAGGGAGUGUAGAGUUCCUGUGAAAAGGAUGGUGGGUCAGGUGAGCUAGUACUUUGCAUCCUUUGGCUGGCUUUUCCUCCUCCCAUGUAUGUGCUUAUAUCUCUGUUACAGAUUGUUAUUGAUAUAUGUGCUUAUUUGUAUAGGUUAAUAUGUUAAUGUGUAUAACUUUAUAUAAAUCUAUAAUACAGAUUUUUAUUGCUAAAUACAUUUCCUAAGUGAAACAAAAAGGAAUUUUUAUUUUUUCAGACUCUUUUAAUGGCUGCAGAGCACCACUGUCUUAAUAGAAUCCAAGCUUAGACAUUUAGGUAGGCCGGAUUGAGAGUGCAUUCUGGGAGCUCUCUUGAGUUAUUUGUUUUAUUUAUAUCAAAGAGGGAAUUAUUUUACUUCUACAAAGAGGAAAAAGUUGAAACUCCUUCUUAUUAAAUUCCUGUAGUAAGUAUUCACUGUACGAUUUAAAUUAUGUUGAGUUUAGUUAAAUAAUUGUAAUGGAAUAAAUCAGCUAUCUACUAGGACUUUAAAAUUUCCUCACUGAAAGAUAACCUACAAAGCUCCUCUAAUGGAGGGCAGGUGGAAUAUUUAUAAGGGCCUGGGGUAAGCACACUUGUCUAGAGCUAUCCGUGGAUAUUAGAAUUGAUCGGGCUGUGUGUUAGCGGCUCCUAUUCCCAGUUACAGAUGCAGAACUCACCCAGCUCUGCGCUCUCAGACUCAUCUGCUCGCAUCCGUACGUACCACUGCCUCUCCGCGACGCCUGUCGGUGAGGGGCGUGGGAGGCUUCAAGCCCCGCAGGUGUGAUGAGUAUGAAGACUAUUUGAGGUGAAUUGGCAGUGGAAAGAAAUUUUGGAAGCUGGAGCGAGAACUCCUCGGUGCCCACAGAAAGCUCUCUCAUUCCUCCUCCACGAAAACAGGAGUCUGCGUUUGGCCGGCAGGGUGGGUGAGCCCUGCGGAGGGCCGCAGCAGCAGAGGGGCCGGAGCAGGGUCUCACCAGGUGGGCCUCUCCGCGCUUGAUUAACGCGAUCAAGAAGGAGGAUGCUGUUGGAAGUGGGUGAGAAAUGUGUCCGGUGUUUUCGCAAAAUGCUGAGUUGUAAUGAAUCUAAUCAGAAUUGUAGACGGAGGACAUCCUCUACCUGAACUUAGAUCUAGAUUCUUUAUAGACUGUUUCCUAGCUUAGAGAACCACGUUAAUAGUUUUAAUCUAGUCUACUAAACGUAAUUUAGGGAGUUGAAUUUAGGGUUCUUGAUCUAGUGGUGACCCUUUUUAAAUUUUAUUUUACUUUGUGGGGAGUGUCAUGUCUGACGUCCCUCUCCGUCCUCUCCCUCCGCAGCCAGAGCACAUCCUUAGCUUUCCGUUGAAUGCUCUUUGGUUUUUACCUGAGUGAGGUAAGCAGGGAGGUAUACUAGUGGUGUGGGCGUAAUUCCUUACAAUCCUAGUCAGUGCCGUCCCAUACGACUUACUGCUAAAAAUCCUGUGUAUCACCACUGACCAGUAGGUGCCUGUUAGCAUUUCACAUGCAGGGAUGUGGAGGAACCAAAUCUUUAAUGUUGCUUAACUUCAUUAUUUAAAAUUUUACUGGAUUGACUUUUUUUUUUUUUAAGCUGCCUGUGGUUGGUAGGUCUAUCCCAACUAUGAAGAGAGUAAAGUUACUGAGCAUAUGAUUAGUCUGAUAAAAUAACUGAGUUUAGGAGUCAUAAAUAUUUCCUGAGCUUUUCCCAUAAACUUUAUGGAUGCAAUUUAUUAGGCAUAUACAUAUACCGGUAUAAUUUUACUGAUUGAAUCGUUCCUCUAUUUCUUGACUCUAUAUUUUGAAAAAGAAAUUUCUUUGUAAUCAGACUGUGCAUCCUGAGUAACAGUUGUCCUCAAAUGUUAGGCUACGCUUAAUAGCGAAUAACAUUUGACUUUCAGCAUUACCAUUUGAUGUCCUUAGAAAUAACACACCAAAGUUUAGAUCCUAUCUCUGCUCCGAAACACAGGUUUAUGAAGCACCCAAAGAACGUAUUGAGCACUGCCUCGGCCCCAGUGCCAGACCCCAUCCAAGCAGCGAGUUCCUGUGUUUUGGAGUUGGCUCCCUGUUUGUGUAGGAGGUUUCAGGAGGAAGUGCCUUUAGAUGCAGGACCCUGUAGUUGUGUAAGAGUUUGAUUCUAGUCCAGUAGACACGACACAAUGCCAGAGCAAAUGCAGGUUGGAGGUUUGGAGGGAAACAAUAGAAAACAAAGAGCACAAUGAGUGUUAUUAGCAGUGUUUAAAAUGAUGAGGUGCUAACCACAUUUGUAUAAAUAACAGUUUCUCUAACCCCUGAGUCAUUAUCCUGUAUUUUUAAUGCAGGCUGUUCAUAAACAUCAAAGCUAGAACACCAGAUUUGUAUGGGGUCAAGACCACUGUGGCUCUGAGCGGAGAGACAGCUGAGAGCCGUGUCCGAGCGUGGGUGGCCUUGCAGCUGCUGACCCGCCCCGGGCUACUAGACAGUUGCCUCUUGGGCUGCGGAACCAGACUUCAGUCUUAGCUGAAGAUGCACCCCUCCCACAGAAAGGACAUAAAAGUGGGUGACAGCAGCUCUGGAAAUAGCAGAGGCAGCCAGACAGCAGUUAACCGUAAGUGCUGCGCUGCGUGGUACCAAGCACAGCAUCAGCGUGGUUUCCACCCGGCAGUACUUGUCUCUGUACGGGAACAUUGGGUCCUCUCAGCUGUGGUAAGAUCAAAGCUCGUAGUCCUAACUGUUCAGUGUGAGUCCACCCAUCUCCACAAAGGGAAGCAAUGCUAGGAAUAUCUGGAUUGCCUGAGACACAGCUGCCCUGUCGUGGUUCUUACUGGGAUUCUAAAUACACUCCUGAACCAUAAGAGAAGUUGUAUGUACGUUGGGCAUUUUAAGAAAUAUCAGCAUUCAUUGUUAUGUGAAAUACAGCGUAAUUCUGGAAUCAACUGAGUUCAGAGGUCAGUUUUAUUAGCUAUGAGUCCUGCCACAAAUCUCGAGACGUUUUUGAAGCCAGCAUGUGACGUAGGUGUGACAGCAUGGUUUCUUCCGGAAGGCUUGAGGUAUGGCUGAGGGGUGGAGGGGUCUCCAGAUGUGCAUACCCAUUCUGGGACGAGGGGCCAGGCCCGCAGAUGUGCCGUUCCUUUCUUGUCUGUGGAACUGCAAAUACGUCUUUUCUAGAUAAAGUGUAUGCUCCACAAGAGGUUAAAGUCCACGAAUAGCAGAUACUUACAGAGACCCAGUAAUUACACCCUCUUCGGGAAAAGGUCCCAGUUACAGAAGAUGCUGUGUCACAGUAUCAUGGCACUGUUUUUAAUAGUCCCAAGUUUUAAACACCCUACGUAUUCACCGAUAUGCAGACAUUUACAAGAACCUGAGAACUGUGCAGUGUCUACUCCUUCCUUUUAAAAUGAUCACCAUGAAGACUGGUGGCAACGCACGUGUCAGUGGUGUUACCUGAAAGUAUAAACAUGACCACAGGUUCAAAGUUUAUAUCCCAGAAUGGGUUUGAUUAUUUAAGAAUGUGAUGUCAUGCUUUUAAAGACUAAUAGUUUGAAAAGACAGAUUUCGUGAUGAAUAAAAUAAUCUAGACAUGUUUUUCUGCCUCUCUCUGUUCUGGAACCCUAGCAAUAAAUGUUUAAUAGAGCACUAUUAGGAUUUCGGAGAGAGAUGCCUUAGAUGACUGUAUUGAAAGACUUGAUUGCUAAAAUCCUAUCCUGUUUAAAUUUUACUAACUACCCUGCAGUGAGCAUUGAGUGAACAUUGAAUGUAAAAAAGUGACUCACCUUGUGACCCCCUGUUUCUCUGUGCCUCUUAAUUAAUAAAAAAUUAUUUUAAAACAGGAA